AUGAGUCGACCCCACAAGUUCUAUCAAGUUGACGUCUUUGCAAGCGAACCCUUGUUCAGUGGUAAUCCUGUAGCGGUGAUUUUCGAUGCCGACGAUUUAACCACUGAGGAGAUGCAGAAAUGUGCCCACUGGCAAAACCUCUCGGAGACUACGUUUGUUCUAAAGCCCACUCAUCCUGACGCCGACUAUAAGCUACGCAUUUUCACGCCAGUAUCUGAAUUGCCCUUCGCAGGCCAUCCCACAUUGGGGUCGGCAAGAGCCCUACUUUCUAACGGUCUCAAGCCUAAGAAAGAACACAUCCUUGUUCAAGAGUGCAAAAAGGGUCUAAUUAAUAUUAAUAUUGAGGACAACAAACUGUUUUUCUCCUCUCCCGAAGCUGAAAUCGAUGUUUACGGUGGUGACCUGCUUUCCAGAGCGCUCGGCGCUCCUAACCUGUCUCUGACCGGUGCAAUUGUCGAUGUCGGUCCCAAAUGGCUCGUUGUGCCUCUCGAUAGUGCAGAGAUGGUUCGUGCAACAGAGAUCAACGGUUCUGCGUUCACUGAGCUGACCCACGAGACCAACAUCACAGGAAUCACUUUUUACGGAGCUGAAGCUCAAGAUCGUUCAACAACGCACAAGUACGAGGUGCGCACUUUUUGUUUAGAGGGAAACGGAGUUGUCGAAGAUCCCGUUUGUGGUAGCGGUAAUGCCGCUGUGGCUCGUUAUCUCGAAGCUUUUGGAGAACGCUCGAGCUAUAUUGUCCGGCAGGGAACAUGCGUAGGCCGCAAUGGUCUUGUCAGAGUCGACUACACCGAGGACUGUAUCUGGGUUGGAGGUGAGGCCAAUGUGACUACCUCAGGUGUGAUUGUACUUUGA